CCCACAUGAAAUGCCAGUAAUCGGUCAUAGGGAAGCAGGAUGGGUUUUGGUGAAUGAUGAUAAUACUGCACCGAAGGAAAGAACCUAUUCAAACUUGCGGUACGAUUUUGAGUACGCAAUAGAUCUCGAUUCAGAACGUACCUGGGCCAGCGAAGGCUUACGGAUUUUCAAGCCACACCAAAGGAAAUGCUAUUUCAAUGGUGAAAAGGUGCUAAAAUACUUUAAAUUCUACACAAAAACCAACUGUGAGAACGAAUGUCUCAUCAACCGUACAAUAGAUGUGUGUAAAUGCGUCGACUUUUACAUGCCACAUUUUGAAUCUACAAGAAUAUGCUAUACAGAGACUGAUGUUGAAUGCAUAGUUGAAACGAUGGAUUGGUGGGAGAGGCGAGGUAAAAAGUUUUGCAAUUGCUAUCCUUAUUGCAGCGAAAUUAACUACAAUGCUUACAUUUUCGGCAAGAACAGAAGCAGCACUCAAUCCAGGGAUAACGAGAUAAAGAACUUUAAUGUUUCAAUCUACAACGCUGACGAAUUCUACACGAGUAGAGAGAAUAAGCAGUCCCAAUGGACUAUUAUAGACCUUGUGGCAAGCUGUGGAGGCGUGUUCGGCCUGCUGUGCGGCAUGAGCCUCAUCGGCGUUGUGGAAUUCAUCUACUACGCGACCAUACGAGUCAUCUCCAACAUCAUCAGGAUCCGCAGGGAAGAACGGAGAACAGCGGACUGA